AUGAAGUUGCUGGUCCUUGGCCUCCUCUUCCUGUUGGGCUGUGAAGCAGUUCAGCUCGGUAAACAGCACCCCAGACCCAGUGCAUUUACAGGGCAAAAUGAGUCCCCUCUCCAAACCAAUUCACCAGAGAACCUCUGCAAAGGAGUCCCGCUGGAUUUCGUCUUUGUUAUCGACAGCUCCCGCAGCAUCCGUCCCAACGACUACGAGAAGGUCAAAACCUUCAUCACUAACCUGCUCCAGUUCUUAGAGAUCAGUCCCGAUACCACCCGGGUCGGCUUGCUCCAGUAUGGCAGCACAGUCGAGAACGAGUUCUCCCUUAACACCUACACCACCAAGGCCGAGGUGGAGCAGGCAGUGAGGGACAUGAAACACCUUGCUGCGGGAACCAUGACCGGCCUUGCGAUCCAGUACACUAUGGACACAGCGUUCACUGAGGCAGAGGGAGCACGCCCGCUCAACUUGUACAUCCCUCGCAUUGCUAUGAUUGUGACAGAUGGACGGCCCCAGGACUCGGUGGAGGAGGCUGCAGCCCAAGCAAGACAUUCGGGAAUCCAGAUCUUCGCCAUCGGAGUGGGCAGGGUAGACAUGAACACCCUCAAGGCCAUAGGGAGCGAGCCACACUCUGAGCAUGUGUACCUGGUGGCCAACUUCAGCCAGAUGGAGACUCUGAUCUCUGUCUUCCAGUCCAAGCUGUGUGGAGGUUCAGAUAUGUGUGAGGUGGUGGACCAUGAAUGCCAGCAUAUCUGUGUCAGCACCCCGGCCUCCUACAAGUGCAAGUGUCGGAAAGGCUACACCCUCAAUUCUGAUGGCAAAACAUGCAAAGCGGAGGACCUCUGUGCUGUGGUGGAGCACAGAUGUGGGCACAUCUGUGCCAACCUGCCCGAUGGCUACGAGUGUCACUGCCACCCAGGGUAUCAACUCAACAAGGACCUGAGGACAUGCAGCAGAAUAGACUUCUGUGAUCUGGGGGACCAUGGCUGUGAGCAUGACUGUGUCAGCACAAAAGAGUCCUUCAUCUGCAGAUGUAAGAGGGGUUACCUUCUCAAUACGGACAAUAAGACCUGUAGCAAGAUUGACUACUGUGCCGAUGGCAGCCAUGGAUGUGAACAGGAGUUUAUGAACACAGAGGACUCGUGUGUGUGCAAGUGCAGAAAUGGUUACAUGCUCAGACCUGAUGGGAAAACAUGCAAGAAGAUUGACCACUGUGCCGAUGGCAGCCAUGGCUGUGAACAGGAGUUUAUGAACACAGACGACGCCUGUGUAUGUAAAUGCAGAAAAGGUUACACACUCAGAUCUGAUGGGAAAACAUGCGAAAAGAUUGACAACUGUGCUGAUGGCAGCCAUGGAUGUGAACAGGAGUUUAUGAACACAGAGGACUCGUGUGUGUGCAAGUGCAGGGAUGAUUACACACUCAGACCCGAUGGGAGAACAUGCCAGAAGACCGACCACUGUGCCGACGGCGGCCACGGCUGUGAGCAGGAGUUCAUCAACACAGAGGACUCCUGUGUGUGUAAAUGCAGGGACGGUUUCACUCUCAGACCUGAUGGGAAAACAUGCCAGAGUCCAGGUCUCUGUCAGGCUGUGGGUCAUGGAUUUGAGCAUCAGUGUGUCAGUACCCUCGACUCCUAUGUCUACAGGUGUUUUGAAGGGUUCAUAGUGGCUGAAGAUGGCAAGAGCUGCAAAAAGCUGGAGUGUGGGGAUAGCAUCAUGGAUCUGGUCUUUGUGAUCGAUGGGUCCAAGAGCCUAGGCCUUGCCAACUUUGAGCUGGUCAAGCAGUUUGUCAGCAGUAUUGUGGACUCGCUGGACAUAUCCAGCAGAGGUACACAUGUUGGUCUUCUUCAGUACUCCUCUAAAGUCCGCACAGAGUUCACCCUGCGUCAAUACAGCACGGCUCGGGAGAUCCACACGGCUGUGUCCCGUAUGCAGUACAUGGGGAAAGGCUCCAUGACGGGCUCGGCCUUGCGUCACAUGUUCGAGCACAGCUUUUCAGCCAAGGAGGGUGCCAGGGCGAACGUCCCACGUGUCAGCAUUGUGUUCACUGAUGGAAGAUCACAGGAUGACGUUUCCGAAUGGGCCAACAGGGCAAAGGCUGCUGGUGUCACAAUAUAUGCUUUGGGUGUUGGCAAGGCUAUCGAAGAGGAGCUGAGGGAAAUAGCUUCAGAGCCGGAUGAUAAGCAUCUGUAUUAUACUGAGGAUUUUGAGAAAAUGGGAGAAAUAACGAACAAAUUAAAGUCACAGAUUUGCACAGACAAGCCAUCUGAUGAAGAAAUGUGCAAGUGUGACAAUGUGAUAACGUUUCAGAACCAGGUCGUGGAGAAGCUCAAGAAACUGACAUAUAAAAUUGAAGCUAUGUCAGAGAAGCUGGAGAUCCUCGAGAAUCAGCUCGUGCUCAAAUGA